UAAAAAAAAAAAUGUUUAAAAGAAAGCCUUUCGAAAGCCCUGAUGUGAUAUGGCACCACCCCGGGGGGACUUUGUAGUAAGGGCUGCUUGGAGCGAUUUCUUCCCCCUCGGAGCCUGCGAUCUAGGGCAGAGCUGACAUCCCGUUGAACGACUACAACCCAAAACACGCCCAAUUCGAUGCCACGUAGGGGUUUAGCACUCACGUUGUCACGGACACGGAGCUUGGGUCAGGCUACCUCCCGUGGCUCAUCACGAUCACCCAUUCCCCGGCACACCUCCGAGUUUCAACUUGGCAUUUUAUCUGUGAUGAUCUGUGGUCCCCCAUAUAUCCUGGGCUCCGUGGGGGCAGGACCGGACCUGGUUGAGCUCGUCACCCAGGCCCCAGUAACUAGCCCAGCGUUCAUAGGAGAUGCUCAGCAGUAGUGGCUGCAUAAAGAACAAACUACGGCUGUGGAGCUGGGAGGCGGGCAGAAGUCAAAGCUGCAACCAGGGGAUUGGGACACCGGACUCAGGAGACCCUCCCCCCGCCCCAACUUGCACACGACAAAUCAAGAAUGAAUGAAGCCCCCACGGUCGGGGAGAGAAGGGCGGGUCUUAUUGGCGGAGCAGGUGUUUUGUGCCAGAUGCUAAACACGGGCUGUGAGUCAACGCCCACAGCUGACUUCUCUCAGAGGCAAAAGGCAGCAGGCCAUUUUACAGAUAAGAAAACCGAGGGCGGGGGGGGGGGGGUGUUGAAGAUUUCUCCCAGUCAUGCUGGCAAAGUCCCACUCGGGUCUGGCUGGCUGCACCUGUCAUGCUCUCUCUUCUCUCUCUGUGGCCUCAGUGAGUCUGUGAUAUGGGACUUGGAAGAAGCAUGAGAGCAGACACAAGGGAGCUGCUUGGGACAAGAGUGACCACGAUGAGCCAGGGAGGCCCAGGACAUCAGGGAAAAAGAGCAGGAGUUAAGGACACCUGGAAAUCCAUUAGGAUGAUGGCUAGGUCACCAGAGAGGAUGAUUCUUUCUCCCAAGGCUCCCGGGAAUCGCCCCCCAAAACCUGUGAGCACAGAGACCCCACCUCAAAGUCCAAUUACAGAACCGCGCUGAGCAGGGGACCCGCGCUUUUCUCAGAACCCCUGACGCUAAUUUGCAUAAAUUAAGUGAUACUUUUGACGGCCUCACACAAAAGAAGAGAAUGAAAAGAAAGUAAACGUAACCCUUGGAGUCAGAACCCUUGAGUGCCCCAAGCCAGACCAGGCACCCUGAAUGUAUCUUCUCCCACCGCUAGACCAAGCACCGUGCAGUGGAAUUCAGCUUAUGGGCCCCCACCCCCUUGCUUCGGCACCCUCCCCACCCCCCUCUCCCCCCUGAAAUUCUUCAGGAGCUCCUCCUGGACAAGAAGACCAACGAUGAAGUCCAAACUCCUUAGUCGGACCUACAAUGCAGAUAAUAAUCCGGUUCUGUCUACCCACUUGGGAUCAUCUCCUGCCCAGGCACAGACCCUUCCCUCGUGCCCACCAAGCUCACGUGCCCCCCGCCCGGGGCGAGACAUGUUCUGUACCGUAAUCACACAAAUGUGUCUUCACUAGGGUUCCCCUUGCGGGUGGCUGGGAAACACGCCUCGCAUCCGGGAUGUCCGGCAUCUAACGUGAGAUGGGGGCUCUUGACAAGUGAAUACUUGCUGAGUCCCGAGAUUUUUUCCCAACAAUGCCAACAGGCAAGCUUGUUGUUAGGCAGGGGUCGAAGUAAAUAUUUCAGGCCGAUCUUUCGAUCAAGGAUGGGAGCUAUAGUCUUGACAUGAAUGUAUAUUUUCCUACUCCCUUAUGAACAAGGUUACCUUUGUUACCUACCCUUCAUUAAAAAAGAAAGAGACGGGGCGCCUGGGUGGCUCAGUCGGUUGAGCGUCCGACUUCGGCUCAGGUCAUGAUCUCGCGGUUCGUGGGUUCGAGCCCCGCGUCGGGCUCUGUGCUGACAGCUCAGAGCCUGGAGUCAGCUUCGGAUUCUGUGUCUCCCUCUCUCUCUCCCCUCCCUUCCCCGCUCACACUGUCUCUCUCUUUCUGUCUGUCUGUCUCUCUCUCUCAAAAAUAAACAAGCAUUUUAAAAAAAGUAAAAUUUAAAAAAAGAAAAAGAGAAAAGGUCAACAGCAUCCUACAGAUAUUAGUAACAGGGCGGAGUCACACAGUCAUCCUGGAGCCAGAGCAGAGAGGGCGCUGUCCAAGGUCAGCCUUGUCAGCGGCACUCCUGACGCCAGUUCCCAUAACAGACUCCAAGCCACCACCGCCCGCUGCUUCGAGGUCACGGGCGUCAGCACAUGGAUGACGAGGAGAGAUCUUCAGGGUCGCCACAAAAGUCUGCACGGCAGGCUCCCCCACGGGAAGGAAGGACAGCGGCUCCUGCCUCAUCGUCCGCGCGAGGGAACAGCGUGCAGGUGCCCCCGGCCCAGGCCACAGCCCACCCUGCCAAGGGGGACCUCAGAGAAGAGACCGGUGGGGCCACCUCGACUGGGCCGGCCCCACCGAGGGGUCGAAAGAGGAAGGACACCGUGCUGGACACGCGGCCCCCGAGGGCACGGGAUGGGGGAGUGGCCUCAGAGGCACUGUCACUGAGGAGUCAGGACGCGAGGACAACCAAAGGAAGGCAGGACCAGAAUGGGGAGCCCACGGCCACCAGGACGGUGCCCUCGAAGCCUCGGGCCAAAGCGGCCACCACGGCAAGGACACCUGUGCCAGAAAGCCAGGCCGAGGCGCUGACCACCCCGGGAGCAGGGUCAAUGAAAGGAGGGGCCUCGGCCGUGAUGCCCCGCCGGGAGACACCCCGGGCCAAGCCACCCUCCACCCCUCUCCAGGCCCGCACCACACAGAGAAGCCGAAGCCUGCGGGCCGCCAACUUCAAGUCUGAGCCCCGGUGGGAUUUCGAGGAACAAUACAGCUUUGACGUGGGGGCCCUACAGACGACCUGCCCCGACUCCGUGAAGGUCAAGGCCUCCAAGUCACCCUGGCUGCGGACACUCUUUCUGGCCAACCUCACCCUCUUCCUGGACUCCAGCCGCUUCAACCAGAGCGAGUGGGACCGUCUGGAGCACUUUGCACCACCCUUUGGGUUCAUGGAGCUCAACUAUUCGUUGGUGCGGAAGGUCGUGACCCGCUUCCCUCCGGUGCCCCAGCAACAGCUGCUCCUGGCCGGUCUCCCCGCCGGGAGUUCCCAGUGCGUCACGUGCGCCGUGGUGGGCAACGGGGGCAUCUUGAACAACUCUCGCGUGGGCCAGGAGAUAGACAGCCACGAUCACGUCUUCCGACUGAGUGGAGCGGUCACUAAGGGCUACGAACAGGAUGUGGGCACCCGGACGUCGUUUUACGGCUUCACUGCCUUCUCCCUGACCCAGUCGCUUAUGGCCUUGGAGGGUCAGGGUUUCCGGCACGUGCCUCUGGGGAAGGACGUCCGCUACCUGCACUUUCUGGAAGGCACCCGAGACUAUGAGUGGCUGGAGGCGAUGUUUCUCAAUCAGAGCCUGGUGAAGACUAGCCUUUCCUGGUUCAGGCACAGGCCCCAGGUGGCUUUCCAGGGAGACCCGCCAUGGGACAGAUACCUGCUGCUGCACCCCGACUCACUGCGGUACAUGAAAAACAGGUUCCUGAGGUCCAAGACCCUGGACACUGCGCACUGGAGAAUCUACCGCCCCACGACCGGCGCCCUCCUCCUGCUCACAGCCCUUCAGCUCUGCGACCAGGUGAGUGCCUAUGGCUUCAUCACCGAGGGCCACGAGCAAUUCUCCGAUCACUACUACGAUAAGUCCUGGAAAAAAACAGUCUUUUACAUCAACCAUGACUUCCAGUUAGAGAGAACGCUCUGGAAGCGGCUGCACGAUGAAGGUAUAAUCCGGCUGUACCAGCGUUCCGUAACUUCCAAACCAAAGAUGUGACUGGAGCCUGGACAGCAGCGGUCUCCUCGGCCUUUCCGGGGCACGGGGCAGGGUGGGGGGGUUUUGAGGCCUCCCGGCAUUUUCCCAGGGCUCAGUUUGGGCUCCAAGCCCCUCCAGACACCCCCGGGGACCACUGAGGAGAGACUCCCAAGAUGGCAAAUGACUGAGGUUUUGGAGACCUCGGAACAUUGCUACGGGUUCCGUUCAAAGGGAGGAGGACUCCGGUCUGGAGACCAAGGAAUUUGAACGAAAUGGCGUGAUGACUGGUCAAUACCACAGAUCCCUGCUGAAAUUCACCCUUCACUGUCCAGAAGAUGCUUGACACGAGGGGAAGAAGCCUGAAUCUACGGACGCACGUCGAGUUGGUGUUUUGCCUGAGUAGGCUUUACACCCAAUGGGCAAGGAGCCCAUUGAGGGGCUUGAACUCAUGACCCUGAGAUCAAGACAUUCGCUGAGAUCGGGGCGCCCGGGUGGCUCAGUCGGUUGAGCGUCUGACUUCGGCUCGCUGAGAUCAAGAGUCAGACACAUAACUGACUGAGCCGCCCAGUCGCCCCUAGAUUUGGUUUUGAAUUCCAAAUCUUGUACUUAGCAGCUGUGAAAUCUUGAAGGCGUUACUUAAUUUCACUGUAGAUUGUCUAGAGGACCCUUCCGGGGCUUAUCAGAUUCUAGAAGGAUCUGCACCUUUCCUUGUCUUUGAGCUAUUUGGCCACUCUCUGAGUUGUAGACAACUGAUAGUAAUAAAAAUGAGUCUUGUCCACGAAGAUGUGGAAAGUUUUGUACAAUGAAGACACAAUGACUCCCCUGUGGAUGGUGACCCAUUUUAUAUGUACAAGCAAGUUCAUUUAGCGUUCCUUGUUGCCCGUAUGUGUCUGUACUUUGGGCUGUCCUUUGAACCAGUAUUUCCCUCUCACUGGUUCCUUCAUCAAUUAAUAAGUUAAAUAAAAUCCUUGACGUGUGUUCAUUUUACAUUUGUAGGACAGUCACGAUUUUACCCUUAAACGCACAGCCUUCUAAUCUUAGGCCACCGUUUUCUAAUCUGUAACACGACUUUUAGGGUGCCCAUUUCGCAACGAUUUAAAAAAUUACUAUCUGUAAAAAGCCCGAUACAACAAGGACCCAGUUUCCUCCCCUUUUAUUCUCUAUCCUCCCAUCGUCCUGCAUUUUCUCAAACCUCACGUUGAGAAUUUGGACCAAGCCCAAGGCAUUUCAGUUCAUCUUACCCCCCUGAACUCUGUCUUUAGGAUUUGGACUCUGAAGCCCAGAAAGAAUUCUAAAGAUGCUAAACCGCAUAAAGGCCCUGAUGAAGGAGGACAUGGAAGGCAAAAAACAAAAACAUAAACAAAACCAAAAAACAAACGCAAGAUGUCUUAGACUUCUCGCACCGUGUUCAAAAGCUAUUUAAUACCAAUAGGACAGGAUUUGCUUUGCUCAGAAGGGUUGCAGUACCAUCUCUGGGCAGCAGGUGGCAGCAUCUUGGGACCCCUUGUCUGGGAUGCUCAACUUGUCUUUUUCAGGUUUUCCUACCUAUUCUUACGUGUUUAUCCUUCCAUGUGAAUUUUAGUAUCUGCUUAAGAUCUAGAAAAAAUGUUUUGGUAGCUUAAUUGGAAUUGCAUUAGACUUAUAAAUUUACUGGGGGAGAGGGACACCUGGGUGACUCUGUCAGUUAGGCGUCCGACUUCCCCUCAGGUCACGAUCUCGCAGUUUGUGGGUUCAAGCCCCGCAUUGGGCUCUGUGCCGACAGCUCAGAGCCUGGAGCCUGCUUCGGAUUCUGUGUCUCCCUCUCUCUCUGCUCCUCCCCCCCCCCCACCCACGCUCUGUCU